AUGAAGGUAAUAACUGACCGAGGAAAUUUUCAAACAGUCAAAAUAUUGAUUGCAGCUAAAGCACAAACAGCUGGUAGUGGUUCUGGUACUGAUUUGAAAGUUACAGAAGUAAAGCACGGUGAAAAAGUAGUUCCGUAUUUAACAGAAAGUAAGUUACCAGUUCUAGAAGUGAAACCUGAGAAAUUUUUAUUUUCUGUCAACUCAGCAGUCAGAUUACUGUUAACAUCAACUGGUAUAGAAAGUGAUAGUAAACAGAUUGAUGAAUGGUUAGAGUGGGAGAGUAGUCAAUUAUUGCCAUAUGUAUUUCCAGUAUUAGUUAAUCAUAUUGGACAUAAUAAAACAGACAAACAGUCUGAUAGUCUAUUACAACCCUUAUUAACCUACCUCAAUACUUCCGUCAAAAAUAAAACAUACUUAGUAGGGGAUAGUUUGACUUCUGCUGAUGUUUGUGUAUUUGGUACAGUUUAUCCACUAACUUCUACACCUAUACUAAAAGGUUUUCCUGAAUUAACAUCUUGGAUAGAGAAAUUGUCAUUAAUAGAUGCUUUUAAAGAGGCUAUCUCUAUAGUUACACAAAAUAAAGGACCUGUUGUGUUUAAGGAAUCUUUAUUAAGUCAACCAGCCAUGCCAUCCCCUGAUAGUCUAACUAGUAAAUCUACUAGUAAAUCAAGUAGUGUUUCAUCACAACCUACAGAAAGUAGUGAAGUUGAAAAACAGUUGACAGAAGAAGAACUUAAUGCUGCUGAGAAAUGCUGGCGAGAUGGUGUAGCUAAAUUACCAGAACUUAGAGAGAGAAAACAUCCAAUUUUACCAAUAAAAGGGGAGAAAAAUAUAUUGAUAUGUAGUGCUCUACCUUAUGUGAAUAAUGUACCACAUCUAGGUAAUAUUAUUGGAUGUGUAUUAAGUGCUGAUGUCUACUCCAGAUACUGUCGACUGCGGAACUAUAAUUCUGUGUAUUUGUGCGGAACUGAUGAAUAUGGUACAGCAACCGAGAAUAAAGCGUUAGAAGAAGGGCUGACACCACAAGAAAUUUGUGAUAAAUACAACAAGUUACAUACAGAGAUCUAUGAUUGGUUCAAUAUAUCUUUUGAUCAUUUUGGACGUACAACUACCACGGAACAAACCAAAAUUGUUCAAGAUAUAUUUUGGAAGGUAUAUAAUAAUGGUCAUGUAAUAAAAGACAGCAUAGAUCAAUUACAUUGUGACAAAUGUAACAGGUUUCUAGCUGAUAGGUUUUUAGCUGAUAGGUUUUUAGCUGGUAGGUUUUUAGCUGAUAGGUUUGUCAGUGGUAUAUGUCCUAUGUGUAGCUAUGAUGAUGCUAGAGGUGAUCAAUGUGAUGGCUGUGGUAAAUUAAUUAAUGCUGUAGAAUUAAUCAACCCUAAAUGUAAAUCUUGUACAAGCACCCCAACAGUAAAAACAACUCAACAUUUAUUUUUAGAUUUACCCAAGUUAGAACCUGAAUUACGACAACAUUUAGACAAAGCUUUCGACAAUGGUUUAUGGACGCACAACUCUAAAGUUAUAACUAAUUCAUGGAUUCGAGAUGGAUUAAAACCAAGAUGUAUUACCAGAGAUUUAAAAUGGGGUAUUCCAGUACCAUUAGAAGGUUAUACUGAUAAGGUAUUUUAUGUGUGGUUUGAUGCACCUAUUGGCUAUAUCUCGAUAACUGCUACAUAUACUAAAGAUUGGGAGAAAUGGUGGAAAAAUCCGAACGAGGUUGAGUUGUUUAAUUUUCUGGGUAAAGAUAAUGUACCAUUCCAUAGUGUUAUAUUCCCCUGUACAUUACUAGGAGCUAAUGAUAACUUUACAUUGGUUAAACAUAUGUCGGCUACAGAAUAUUUAAAUUAUGAAGAUACAAAGUUCUCUAAAAGUCGAGGUGUGGGUGUUUUUGGUAAUAAUGCUAAAGAUACAGGAAUACCAGCUGAUGUCUUUAGAUUUUAUCUUCUGUUUGUUAGACCAGAAUCCCAGGACACUGCAUUUAGUUGGGAUGAUUUUUUGUUGAAGAAUAAUAGUGAACUGUUAAAUAAUUUAGGAAAUUUUAUCAACCGAUUACGUGAUUCAAUAAGAAAUAUAUUAAGUAUAUCGAGAUUAGGAAAUCAGAUGAUGCAAGCUAAUAAACCAUGGGUUUUGGUAAAAAGAACACCAGAUGAAAAAGCAAGAGCAGGAUCAGUUGUAAGUUUAGCUGCUAAUAUUGCAUGGUUGAUUGGAGUACUGUUACAACCCUAUAUGCCUUCAACUAGUGAAAUCAUCUGUACACAAUUAAAUGGUAACCCUAAAAAUAUGGUGAUACCAACCCAGUUUAUACCAGUGUUGAAAACUGGCCACAAGAUUGGAAAACCGAGUCCGUUAUUCCAGAAAAUAGAGGCCUCACUUAUUGAGGAAAUGAAGAAAAAAUUCCAAGGAAAACAGGAAAAGUCUGUACCAGCUAAACCAGAAGUUAAAAGUGCACCAGCUAAUUCAGUCUUACCUAAAGCAUCAGAUAGUGAAAUAGCAAGUAUAACAGAUCAAGUUACAAAACAGGGAGAGGUCGUAAGAGAGUUAAAGACACAGAAAGCUGAAAAGAGUAAAAUUGACAAAGAGGUGGCCUUGUUAUUAGAUUUGAAGAAAAAACUGUCAUUAGCUCAGGGUAUUGAUCCAGCAACAGCUUCUAGUAAUAAAAAGAAGGGAAAGAAGAAAUAGACUUAAGAUUUCCGUUUUUUUCGGACAAAAAUAGACUACUCCAAAUAUCAGCCAUGAUUUGUGAUUUCGUAACAAAUUGCUAGAAUUUGAUUUGCUCAAAAAUAUUUAGACUUGGUAUGAUUUUGUUUUUUAAAUGAUACUUUGGUAUUAUUUAUAUUUUUGGAGAUUGUAUUUCAAGAGUAAUUCAGAUUAUGCCUGAAAAGCUAUUUCUUUCAUUUUUAUAUGCCAACAUGAAAUGGGGAGGGGGGGUGUAUAUUGCAGUCUACCAUGUCCCUCCGUUGGUCCAUCCAUAAUUGCUCGUAAACACUCUACAAGGCACAAUUCUUGACUGAUUUCGACAAAACUUGGUAUGGUUGGUUGUAAUCACCCAAGGAUGAGCCCUAUUGAAAAUCAGAAAAAUGGAAAAAUAUUUAGUACGAGUUAUUGCCCUUGUUCUUGAAGCGCUCGUAAACACUCUAGAAGGCGCAAUUCUUGACGGAUUUUGAUUUAAUUAACACAUAUUCAAGACUAAAAUCACCUUCUAAUUCUUCGCGAAAAAGUUUGAGGUCUUGUCCAGGUCGUUUCUUUGCUAUAUUCCUUGUUGUUUCACGUUUUCUUCACAUUGGUUCAUGUUUUAGUAAGUAUGUAAAUGAGAUUAGAUCGUCUGUAGCCUCUAUCAUCCAGUCCCUCUUUGUCACUGUGCAUCCUCGACAAAAGAAAUCAUAGACAAAUAUAGUUUGGGCGUCACAGACAAGAUCGUCUCACAAAUGGGCGUCCGAGUUGAAAUGAUUAGAUAUUUCAAGUUUGGGGUUACAAUAAUACGGACCUUGAUGUAUUACAAAACGACCUUGAUAUUGACAAAAUUUUAGUUCAGUAAAAAAAAAAA